AUGUCGUCUGAAGCAUUUGUAACAUUAGUAACAAACGAUAGCUAUGCACUUGGAGCACUUGUUCUUGCUAAAUCAAUUCAAUCGGUUGGAACACAACGAAAAUUAGUUGCUCUUAUAUCAAAUAAUUUAUCUGCUCCAUUAAGAGAAAUAUUAGAAAAAACUUUUAAUGAAGUUAUUCUUGUUGAAGAAUUAGAUUCACGUGAUAGUGAACAUUUACGUUUAUUAUUACGUCCAGAACUUGGAAUAACAUUUACAAAAAUAAAUUGUUGGCUUUUAGAACAAUAUACAAAAUGUGUUUUUUUGGAUGCUGAUUGUCUUGUUUUACGUCAAAUAGAUGAUUUAUUUGAAAGAGAAGAAUUUUCUGCUGCACAUGAUGCUGGUUGGCCAGAUUGUUUUAAUUCAGGAGUUUUUGUUUAUCGUCCAUCAAAAGAAACAUAUACAAAAUUAAUGCAAGUUGUAUCGGGAAAAGAUGCUUCAUUUGAUGGUGGUGAUCAAGGUCUUUUAAAUGAAUAUUUUUCAAAUUGGCGUUCAUCUGAUAUAUCUCGACAUUUACCAUUUACUUAUAAUGUGACAUCAAAUGCAUUUUAUUCAUAUUUACCAGCAAUUACAAGAUUUCGUAAUGAAAUUCGUAUUAUUCAUUUUGCUGGUGCAUUAAAACCAUGGCAAUUAACAUAUAAUCCAGAAAAUGAACAAUUAUCAGGAAAUUUAGAAGGACAAAGUGAUGUUCAAAGAGAUUUUCUUCUUUCAUGGUGGAGAAUAAUGUAUCAACAAGUUUGGCCACUAUUAUCAACCUUUAACCAACAAACCGAUUUCAUAAACAAAUCAUCGAUUAGUCCACAGGGUCAAUUAAUUGAUUCAUCUAAUAAUAAUAAUUCAUCAAAUAAUGAUACAAUUCAACCCGGCUCAGCAGAACAUCGUCGAGCAUGGGAAACUGGUCAUAUUGAUUAUACUGGUCGAGAUUCAUAUUCACAUAUUCAAGAACAACUUGAACGUAAUAUAGCUCAUGUUUCACCAAAAUAUCAUCCAUCACAUGAAAAACAAACAACACCCGAAAGACAAUCAACACCUGACAAACCACCUAGUAUUCUUAGAAAGCCAACUAAAGAAGUUCCAACAACUACUCAAAUUCCUCAACAAUUAGCUGAUUCAAAUACUUCAACUGAAGAACAACAUGCAACACCUGGUUGGAAAGUUAAAUCAACAAUUGUUACUACUCAUACACAAGGCACAGGCCAAUUUGCUGGACCGACUGUAAUAAGAAAAACAGUGACUGAAAGUUCUGCUUCAUCAUCCGAUAAUCUUCCUCGAACAACAUCGAAUCAACAAGGUUCAUCAGGAAACAUUGAAGGAGCUAAAACGGCAAAUAUUCAUAUUGGUUGGCUUUUUGAUAAACUUUGUAUUGCAAUAACAUACAUUUUCAGUUUGUGCUACUUUAUGUUCCUCAUCACUAUUCAACGGUUCAACAACAGUAGUAUUAUUCGCGGUAAUGAAAGAUCUGUUCAAGGUGCAACAUCAUUACCAUCAUCAUCAACAACAAAAGAUGGAAAACGUGUCAACAAAUAA